UGGCACCACUGCUGGAUUCUGACUGCCUAAAAUACAGAUUUUGUGAAGAUCCAGGGAACAGCUUGAAUAUAUCAGGGGUGUAACCAGGGAGGACAGGAACACUCAGGAUGGUCACCAUUCCAGAGUACUACGCGGGGAAAAAUGUUCUUAUCACGGGAGCCACAGGCUUCAUGGGUAAAGUCCUGCUGGAGAAGCUUCUGCGCUCCUGCCCCGGAGUCAAAGCCGCCUACGUCCUAGUGCGGCCCAAAUCCGGACAGGACCCGCACACCCGGGUCGCAGAUAUGAUCAACUGUAAGCUGUUUGACAGACUGCGGGAAGAGCAGCCCGAUUUUGCUGAGAAGAUCGUGGCCGUAAACAGCGACCUGACCAUGCCAGAGUUGGACCUGAGCAAAGAGGACCAGCAGACGCUCAUCGACUGCGUCAACAUCGUCUUCCACUGCGCUGCAACCAUCCGUUUCAACGAGCCCCUGAAGGAUGCAAUGCAGCUGAAUGUUCUGGCCACACAGAAAAUGGUGGCUCUGGCCCACAGGAUGAAGAACCUGGAGGUUUUUAUUCACGUUUCCACGGCUUACGCCAACUGUGACCGUGAGCUCAUCGAGGAGGUGGUGUACCCUCCGCCUGUGGAUUACAAGAAACUUAUUGACACCUUAGAAUGGAUGGAUGAUAAACUGGUUACGUUGAUGACACCAAAGCUGAUAGGAGAAAGACCCAACACAUACACCUACACCAAAGCUUUGGCAGAGUACCUGGUCCAGCAAGAGUGUGGCAACUUGAAUGUGGCCAUCGUCAGACCCUCUAUAGUAGGAGCCAGUUGGAAGGAGCCUUUUCCUGGCUGGAUCGAUAACUUCAACGGGCCGAGUGGAAUAUUCAUUGCGGCAGGAAAAGGGAUCCUCCGUACCAUGAGGGCCUCAAACAAUGCAGUAGCAGACCUGGUGCCCGUGGAUGUGGUCAUUAACACAACGUUGGCGGCCGCCUGGUACUCGGGCUCCCAGAGACACACCAGCAUGUUGGUGUACAACUGCACGACAGGAGGAAUUAAUCCGUUUCACUGGGGUGAAGUCGAGUACCAUGUAAUAUCCACUUUCAAGAGGAACCCCCUCGAACAGGCUUUCAGGCGACCAAAUGUAAAUCUCACAUCCAAUCACCUAAUCAAUCAAUACUGGAUUGCUGUUAGCCACAAGGCUCCAGCAUUUCUAUAUGAUCUCUACCUCAGGAUAACAGGAAGAGAGCCCAGGAUGAUGAAAACCAUCACACGUCUGCACAAAGCCAUGAUGGUGCUGGAGUAUUUCACCAGUCAUUCGUGGGUUUGGAAUACAGACAGCGUCACCAUGCUCAUGAACCAGCUUGGCCCUGAAGAUAGAAGGGUGUUUAACUUUGACGUCCGUCAGUUACACUGGGCAGAGUACAUGGAGAACUACUGUAUGGGAACAAAGAAGUAUGUCCUGAACGAGGAGUUGUCAGGACUGCCGGCCGCCCGCAAACACCUCAACAAAUUGAGGAACAUCCGCUACACGUUCAACACGGUUCUGGUGGUACUGAUUUGGCGAAUCUUCAUCGCUCGUUCCCAGAUGGCCAGAAACAUCUGGUACUUUGUGGUCAGCCUUUGUUUUAAGUUCCUGUCCUAUUUUAGAGCUUCCAGCACCAUGAGAUACUGA